AUGACACUCUCUCUUUAUCUUUCCAGGUUCUUGGCCAUACUUACCCUUACAAAACUUGCUUAUUUACAGAAAACUCUUGGCUGGGUGGCCAUUGAUCCCACGGAAGGAUUCAUCUCUCUCCCACUAAAUCAAUCAAAUUUCAUCAUCCAAUGGCCCUACGACGUGCCUCAAGAUCAACGUUACAAGUUUGUUGAUGGAAUUCAUAAAUUGCGGGUCUACUCCUCUGACAAACCUCACACUCCUACCAGCCAAACUAGGCCUCGCACUGAGAUCCGUAUUCAUGGAUACGACUACUCUUCAGGUGUCUGGCAGUUUGAAGGGUACGGAUAUGUACCACGAGGGACGUCCGGUGUAUGCAUCAUGCAAGUGUUUGGCGCAAGCCCUAGCCACGCCACAACCCUAAUGCUCAGAGUCUACAACGACUCUCUCACGUAUUACCAGAGUCCGGUUCUAGAUCCGAACAUCUACAACCGGUGGUUCCGGCUCAACGUGGUCCACGAUGUCGAGGGCUCCACUGUGAAAGUCUACAUUGAUGGGGCUCUCCUGUACGAGGCACCAGGACGUGGGGGGACCUCUCACUACUUCAAGUGUGGGGUGUAUGCACAGAAUGAUGAUUCCUACUUGAUGGAGUCCCAUUGGAAGGGAAUCAAAGUUUUCAAGAAAUGUGAUUAA